AUUUCGUCUACUCUUUUUCACCAUCCAAUCUCUUUUUUUUUUUUUGUCUUCUGUUUUGUCUUUGCCCUCCGCCCAUCUUUUGUUUCUCCCUAUAGGGUAUAGCUGUCCAUCAUCCAUUGCAUCGGAUACUCCCCCUUAGAACGAUCAGACCAAAAAAGAGCAGCUACAGAUCCUACCAGACAUAUACAUGUUCUUACAUUCUUUCAUGGCUUGCUCAAGUACAUGGUAACCAACCCUGACCACCGUUUCGUCCAUCUUUUGGUCGAUCACUUGAUCAAUGAGGUAACGAUGGUCUGCAUGCGCAUACGGGCAGGGGAUAGCUUUUUAUUAAUUUAGCUAGCCGUCAUCACAAUCUGUGCUGUGCCUGCAUUCAAUUCAACCCACAGCUACAUUACAUUACAUUCAUUCAUCACUUGGAAAGGUUGUCAGUCCCCAACGGUCUGCCCGCUCAGCGCAGUGCGGUGCACCACAAACACAGCACACACACGCCCACCCCCAGAGCAUUGACAGCAAAUUGCUGCAUCUUUAUUUUAUUUUAUUUUAUUUUACCGGCUGCAACAUAUUCCCCUUCUCUCUUGUGGGAUUGACAAAAUCAAGAGAGCAAAUUGACAAGCAGUACAUCCGUCACACAACUCCUGCCGCAUACCGACUAAGCCGUUGCUUUUGCCUCUGCCCCGGCCUUUGGCCGACGACAUCACACUCACACUCCUCGUGCUUUCAACCACCCCAGUUAUCGCCAAAAAGAGCCCUCUGGACGCGGCUCUGUUUGCUCAUUCAUUAAUUCAAUCCCUCCUUGAACAUCAUCCCAACUUGGUUUGGGCAUUUAUUGGCUGUUUAAUUCGUCAAGCCAGCCAGCCAUUCCGCGUCGGUUGCGGAUUAGCCAAGCUGGAAGGCUGACAUAUCUUAAUUCUGAUUCGGGAAAGCAAGCAAUUGAUCGAUCCCGCGUCUGGUUGACGAGCCCACUUUGCUUCCCGACCGUUUUUACGCCGCCAGUUGAGAACAAACUUUCGUCCGAACCCUUAUUUGCUACCUAGCAUCAGAUCGCCUUACCUUUUGGUCUCGAAUUACCCGCGCCCCUGCACCGUUUUCGUCCAAGCUCCAAAGUGCACCGGCGCCUCCAGCCCAUCCCACAAGCUGCAUCUAUUAUAUUCAUUCUUAGUCCAGUCCGAUAAAUCAAAACCACAUGGAUGCGCGGCACGGCCUGCCGACGGCCGGUGGCCCGGACGCCGAUGAGGGUGCUCUUGCCGCUGCCCGCCUUCAAAUUCAGCGCCUGACCGACAAUGGCCUAUCUCCAGAGACCCUGCUGCGCGCGCUGCUGGAGAAAUGUCCGACUCAAGUGCAGACUUCAGGGAUGUGGCACCAACAACAGCAGCACCCAGAGUCAUGUUUUACUCCCUCGCCGUCCUCCCCCUCCCCUUGCGCCUCCCCGACCUCGACAAUCCAUAGCUCCAACAGCGUUUCCGUUCCGACGACCUUUGACCAGACCAUUGCUGCCGCCUUCGAGAACAAGACGGCGGCCAACGGUGUUGACGAACGUCAAAGCAUUGGUACGAAGCAGCACGCACCCCGCCUGUCAGUAUCGUCAACGCGCACUGGCUCAACGGCUAGAUCGCGGGCCAGCGUCAUGUCAUCUGCAACUUCGAUAAGCUCCACGUCGUCGCAGGGCAGCGGCAUGAGCCGUUACUCCCAGCUCCCGGGCACCCAGUCGUUUAAUAGCCGCCCGUCGACCAGGGCCUACUGGUGCACGUCAUGUCCCCAGAAGCUGCAGCGCAAGUUUGACUGGAAACGCCAUGAGGACGAGUUUCACGAGAGGUAUAAAAAAUAUCCUUGCCCCGACUGCAACCGAGUCUUUUGGGGUGCCAACACGUUCAACCAACACCACAAAUCUCGCCACAACUGCAAAACUUGCCCGCACGCCGACAAGGUGGUACGCUACUCGAAGCGCAAGCGUGCCUGGGGUUGUGGCUUCUGUGCGGCCUUCUUGCCAUCUCUUGAGCGAUACUUUGACCAUGUCGCUGUGCACUACGAAUCCGGCAAGACCAAGGCACACUGGGACCAUGCCCUCGUCAUCUAUGGUCUCCUCCACCAGCCUGUCAUCCAUGAUACAUGGAAAGCCCUCGAGUCGGCCAAAUAUGGUGGUCUACCCCGUGAGCAACGGCCUAAAAUCAGCUGGGAUCCCAAGAAUACGGGCCGCUCCCAUGGAUACCUCGAGAACGAGGAGCCCGGUCAGCUGCAGGAUUUGUUGGAGUUUUUCGACCCGGCCAAGGAUAAUGCGCAGCAAAUAGUUGAGCUGGCUUGGGAAACUGCCAUCCAACUCGUUGUCUCCAUGGAGCCGCAGCAGGGCUCUGGCGUGGGGAGGAGGCCGUCACAAUAUAUCGGACAUGCACCGGUCGUGCGUCCAGAGGGAGUAAAGCAGGAGGAUGUACAACAGCAGCAACAAAUGCAGCAGACGCCAGAAAUAUCCUUACCACACACUCAACGUCCGCUUCCUCGGCAACCCUCGAUACAGAUGCUUCCCCAGGAGCAGCAGCAGCAGCAGCAGAUGCUGGAGGUAAAGCAGGAAUGGCCGUCGUCAACAGAGACACUAGCCCCUAAACAGGACUGGCCGCUCGCAUCCGAUGCCUCAUCAAUACACUCGAUACAAUCGAUUCCUUCUCCAUUGCCACCAGGCAUGCAACAACAGCAACACACGACAGCUGGACCCCCACCAUCGCAUCCGCCGCCUCCGCCGCCGUCACAUCGCAUUGAUACACAGGCGUCACUCCCUUCAGAUCCGAUGUCUAUCGACCCGCGACCAAUUCCGACAGAUCAGAUGGUCUUGGAUCAGCGUGGGCCAGUGGGGUUCGAGCAGAACUUUUACCAGCCUGUGCAGAUGAAUGGAUUUUCGAACCCCCCUGCCCAUCCAAUGGAUUACACAUCAUUCAACGGUACUGUCGACUUUGGCAGCGGAUUAAUGUACACGGGUGCAACCGAUUGGAAUUCGAUAGUGGCUGCUGUCACGGCAGGUGAUACAGGGAUGGGCAAUACUGGCUCCGAGGGCCAGCAGCAACCGCAGCAGCAGCAGCAACAGCAACAAAUCCAGCAACAAGGGUAUUGGCCCAACGGCUUAUACCCAGUUCAGUCUUGAAAGUGUCCCCC